AUGUCAUAUCCAGGCCAUCAGGGCUACGGCGCUCAGCCGCAUGGCCAGGGCUACGGCCAAUACCCUCCUCCUCCUCAAGGAGGCUACGGAGGCUCGCCUUACCCGCCACAGGGCGGCCAGUAUCCUCCUCCCGGUCAAUACCCGCCGCCGCAGCAAGGUGGCUACUAUCAACAGCCGCUGCCCGGCCAGUAUCCUCCCCAGGGAGGUCAAUAUCCUCCUCAAGGUCCGCCCCCGGGCCAGUAUCCUCCGCCCGGCGGAUACCCACCUCAAGGCGGAUACGGCGCGCCUCCGCCAAUUCCGCCCUCUCCCUACGGCGGACACUCGCCCGCCCCCGGAGCUUAUGGCGCGCCCCCCGGUCCCCCUCCCCAGCAGUAUGGCGCACCUCCUCCCCAACACUACGGACCUCCCACGCCCCCAUCUCUGGGCUACGGCCCGCCACAGAUUAUCCAGUGGGAUGGUGCACCCGAUGCCGCGACCGCCCGUAGUGCGAUGAAGGGUCUCGGCACCGACGAGAAGACGCUCAUCCGCUGUCUCGCCACCAAAGACCCACUUCAGAUUGAGACGAUCAAGGCGGCUUACAACAGAAACUUCAAGCGUGAUUUAGAGCAGGACAUCAAGAAGGAGACGAGCGGCUGGUUCGGACAGGGAAUGGUCUCUGUCGCGCGUGGCCCCCUCCGUUCCGAUAUUUACAAUCUGUUUGACGCCAUGGACGGGCUCGGCACGAAGGAGAGCGUGCUCAACGACGUCCUUCUCGGACGAUCCAACGCCGAUCUACAGGCUAUCAAGAGCGCAUACCAGCAGACAUUCAAGCGCCGUCUGGAAGACGAUGUCAAGGGCGAUCUCAGCCUGAAGACGGAGAGGCAUUUCCUCAUCGUUCUCGGCGCCAACAGAGCCGAGGAUUCAGCGCCGGUAAUUCCCCAGCAGAUCGACAACGAUGUCAUGGAGUUAUACAAGGCUACAGAGGGCAAGGUCGGCACAGACGAAAUGCUCGUCUGCAGUAUUCUUAGCACUCGCAAUGACAACCAGAUCCGCGCUAUUAAUCAGGCAUACGAGCAAAAGUUCAGGAGGAGACUGGAGGACGUUAUCAAGAAGCCACAGGAAUUCUCGGGUCACAUGGAAGAUGCUCUUCUGUUCCAACUUCGCAACGCCGUUGACAAGUACAUGCAUGCUGCCAAGCUCCUCGAGGACUCUAUGGCUGGCCUCGGCACCAAGGACCACCUACUUGUCACCCGCGUCAUCCGCUACCACUGGGACAAGAACUUCCUCGCCAACGUUAAGGGCGCAUACCAGGCCAAGUACAACCGCAGCCUGGCGAGCCGGAUUAAGGGCGAGACGAGCCGUGACUACCAGAGGUUGAUGCUGGCGUGUAUUGGCGAGCAAAUCUGA